UUUCUUAAACCACAACAGCGUAGUACAAUCCCACCACCACCACCGCCAAUCAUCCCCGAAAGUUCCUUACGUUUUAAUAAUGGGAGGCUGCGCAAGCAAACCCAAGGAGUUCGAUACCACUGCUGGUGCUCCUAUGAAGCCCGAGAAAUCUAAACCCGAUACCGCUGCUAAUGACGAUGCCAACGGAGGUGAGAAGAAGACGGAGAAAAAUAUUUCUGAUUCGAAGGAGGGUGAAUCCUCGUCUGCUGAACCGGAAAAGGAUGACGGUAAAUCCGGGUCGAAGAAUGAUGAUGACGACGAUGAUAAGGUUAAGGCAAGUGGAGAACCGGUAAACAACGAUGAAGUUGAACAUGAUGGUGCCUCUAGCAAGGAAGAAGCUAAAACCAAUUGACGAUAAAGAAUGGAAUAGUAGGGGCUAGAAGGUUUAAUUCAACCAAAUGAUUACAGGUUGGGUUAUAUCACGUAUCACCCUUAAUUGGGUUGAUGAUGAUCGGCGUUAUAUCUCCAUUAUUGUUAUGUUUAAUAUUAUGAGCUGUGGAUUAUAUAUACUAUUCCUGUUUGCAUGACUAUGGUUUAACCUUUUUUAGAAAUCCAAUGGGAGAAAUCAUAAGAUGAA